UUUUCAGACAACACAAGGAAGCUAAAGCUGUGUGUAUUUGUGGAUCAGACAAGUGCAGCAAGUUAAUAUCAUUGGCUUCUGAAGGGGAGAGUGAGGUGAUGGCUGCGUUUAAGUUGGAUUUCCUUCCAGAAAUGAUGGUGGAUCAUUGCUCUUUGAAUUCCAGUCCUGUCUCCAAGAAAAUGAACGGCACCCUGGACCACCCAGAUCAACCGGAUCUUGAUGCUAUUAAGAUGUUUGUGGGCCAGGUUCCAAGGACCUGGUCUGAGAAGGACUUAAGGGAACUCUUCGAACAGUAUGGUGCUGUCUAUGAAAUCAACGUCCUAAGGGAUAGGAGCCAAAACCCUCCUCAGAGCAAAGGGUGCUGUUUUGUUACAUUUUACACCCGUAAAGCUGCAUUAGAAGCGCAGAAUGCUCUUCACAACAUGAAGGUCCUCCCAGGGAUGCAUCAUCCUAUACAGAUGAAACCUGCUGACAGCGAAAAAAACAAUGCAGUGGAAGACAGGAAGCUGUUUAUUGGUAUGAUUUCCAAGAAGUGCACUGAAAAUGACAUCCGAGUCAUGUUCUCUUCAUUUGGACAGAUUGAAGAGUGCCGGAUAUUGCGGGGACCUGAUGGCCUGAGCCGAGGUUGUGCAUUUGUAACUUUUACAACAAGAGCCAUGGCACAGACGGCUAUCAAGGCAAUGCAUCAAGCACAGACCAUGGAGGGUUGCUCAUCCCCCAUGGUGGUAAAAUUUGCUGAUACGCAGAAGGACAAAGAACAGAAGAGAAUGGCCCAGCAGCUCCAGCAACAGAUGCAGCAAAUCAGCGCAGCAUCUGUGUGGGGAAACCUUGCUGGUUUAAAUACUCUUGGACCCCAGUAUUUAGCACUUUAUUUGCAGCUCCUUCAGCAGACUGCCUCCUCUGGGAACCUCAACACCCUGAGCAGCCUCCACCCAAUGGGAGGGUUAAAUGCAAUGCAGUUACAGAAUUUGGCUGCACUAGCUGCUGCAGCUAGCGCAGCUCAGAACACACCAAGUGGUACCAAUGCUCUCACUACAUCCAGCAGUCCCCUCAGCGUACUCACCAGUUCAGCAGGGUCCUCACCUAGCUCCAGCAGCAGUAACUCUGUCAACCCAAUAGCCUCACUUGGAGCCCUGCAAACAUUAGCUGGAGCAACAGCUGGCCUCAAUGUUGGCUCUCUGGCAGGGAUGGCUGCUUUAAAUGGUGGCCUGGGCAGCAGUGGCCUUUCCAAUGGCACUGGGAGCACCAUGGAGGCCCUCACCCAGGCCUACUCGGGUAUCCAACAAUAUGCUGCUGCAGCGCUUCCCACUCUGUACAACCAGAAUCUCUUGACACAGCAGAGUAUUGGUGCUGCUGGAAGCCAGAAGGAAGGUCCAGAAGGAGCCAAUCUGUUCAUUUACCACCUGCCCCAGGAGUUUGGAGAUCAGGAUCUGCUGCAGAUGUUUAUGCCCUUUGGGAAUGUCGUGUCUGCCAAGGUUUUUAUAGAUAAGCAGACAAACCUGAGCAAAUGUUUUGGUUUUGUAAGUUACGACAAUCCUGUUUCUGCUCAAGCUGCCAUCCAGUCCAUGAACGGCUUUCAAAUUGGCAUGAAGAGGCUUAAAGUGCAGCUCAAACGUUCGAAGAAUGACAGCAAGCCCUACUGAGCGUGCUCCCCUCUUGAGACUGGAGUGAGAGGGUCUUCUGGCACAGCUUGCCCUGAAGACUCGGCUACUGCCUUCUGUGGGAGUUUCGCUUCGUACAGAGGACAAAGUUUGUGCUUUGGUUUCCAGUGUUUUACUUUGGAGUUUAGGUGCCAUAUCCUGAGUUUCUUUUUUUUUUUCCCCCCUCCUUUAUUUAAAGUUUGCCGUGUUUGUAACCAGUGUGUGUUGAGAAGGACCAACACCAAACCAGCCUCGGGGAAAGGGAAUGGGGAAAUGUUUUUAAAAAAUGAUGAUCAGAAUUUUCCCCAAACCACCCCAAGAGAGGACUAAGUAAAACAAAAAGUUGACCCUCAGAAUCUCCCCAAGUGCAAGGGUGAGUGAAAUGAAAACUGACAUCCAAGAGUUGCAGGGGUGGAGUGGUGGGUUGGCUCUGGAGGAGAGGAGUGAUUUGACACCUAAUGCUCAGGCAGCUGAAGUCAGAAACUCCUCCAAUGCUGCCUUCUGUAGAUAUAUGGAGUUUUUGCCACCUAUUUUUCAGAUUCUUGUCCUGGAUUUCUGCCUCUUUUUUUCUAAAAGGGGUCACCAGUUCUCUGGAAAUAAAGCACCUCUUAAUUAGCCUGACAUAUGCAAAAAGCAGGGAGACAUCACCCAUUGCUGGACUUCCUCAACCACCAAUGCUAUUGGAUUGCCCUGCCUAGCUGGUGGCUGUUUGGGAUAAGCAGCCAAAGAGGUCAUUUUUCUUUUAUUCCAACAUCAAAUGAGAUCAUGACCCAUUUCCAAUAGCUCUCUUAAAAGAAGGCCUCUGUGGAAGAUGUUGCCUGUUUUCCUUCCUUAGAAUUCACCACAGCAAGGAACAUCACCCCCAUGCCAAGCCACAGUUUUCUCAUGAGGGCAAAUCCAGAAAGGUCUUGCAGCAUCUUGCUGAAGGGAGCACCUCCCCUGGGCAGAGUGAUCAAAAGCCAUCUAGUUGUGAGAGGAGAACCCUGCUUCUUAAUAUACCUGAAUCAGAAGGUUCCUUCAAAUCAGGAUGCCACAUUUGCCAGUGGCCAGACUUAAUACUUAAGAACCUGAAGAGGUCCGUGCUUGCCUCCUUGAGCGAGGUGUCCCAGAGGUGGUAUUCCCACAGAGGUCUGGCAGGCCCCUCUUCUAACCACUCCAGCCCUGUCUUCUGCCCUUGGGGACAGAGGAGACAACAGGAUGUUUACAGCCUCCAUAUGGAUUUAGUGUUCAUUUACCUCAGUAUUACUGUGUUCAUUUUGUCCUCGUGCUUACAGUUAGCUCCCUGCUGCCUCCCACAGGUCUCACUCCAGCUCUUGCCUGUGACCCACACAGCCUCUGGGCUCUGCCUCUGCUCUAAGAAGUGCUGUGGGGGUGGAAAGCCAGGAAGGACAUGCUGUUGGGAAUGUGCACCUGGGCAGAGGUAGCCCCAUUAGGAUAUGACUAUUAGCCACAGCCAGGGACUGGGUCCCUGGGUCCCUGGAAGCUUACACCUCACAAAUGAGUCCUGACCCCUAGAAGCAGAGAUCAGAGUAAAGGGGUUGGUUUGGUAUUAAGUUGAAUGGGGGCUCUCUCAUUGUCAUGCUGUCCCUGUGGGUAACAGAUUGACUGUCUUGCUGUUGUACAGUUAGUUCGUGGUGUUGGAUUAUCCCAUUGAAGCUGGGACAGCUGUUCCCUUCUCAUAGUGAUAACUUGGGUCUAUUGUCCUCUUAAGAAAAGUGAAACAUACACUUCUUAAGCUGAACCACGUAAACUUGAAUUCUGCGCACUGGGAGAAAUGUGUCCUGUGUUUCAAAGGAUAAAACUGUUCUAAAGGCUUCCAGGGUCAUGAUGGGAUUUUUUAAAUAAAUGCAAAAAAAUAAAAAGAAAAAAGAAAAAAGAAAAAAAAAAAAAGAAAAAAAUGCUAGGUUGGGGAGGCGCUGUUCUGAAUCCCAACCGGCUGGAACCAAGAAUGUCGUUUCUAUUUUUAUAGAAGUUUUAUACAGCUCCGGGGUGGAGAAUAUUUAUUACCUAAAUUAUAUCUCUGGAAAAGGCCAGGAUUUUGUAGAAUCCAGAAUGUGAUUGUUGUACACACAGGGUGCUGUGUAUGAUUGAAACUACUGACUUUUUGUGGCCGAUUGCAGCCCAGCUAACCUGCCCGAGGGGAAGGUGUUAAUGCUGUGAAUUGGCAGAGGAGAGAGCUGUGCUCCACAGGGUGCUGCCGGUGCUGUGCUCCCUAACCUUCUGUUCUGUCUUCCUCCUUGGCUAGAACUCCACUCCCUUCCCCCAUCUCCCUUCUUCCUUAUCCCUGCCCCUCCCCCAUUUCAUCACUUGUCCAUAGAUUUGUCCUGGGCUCUGGGACUUUAUGAAACCACUUUGCUAAUGACAUAAGAGGUAAAGGUGCAAUCCAUUGCCUUUGAUACAGACCCUCAGGCUUCAUACCUGGUUUUGGUUCUCUUUUUGUAAGAGGAGCACAUGCCCCAGCGGGGUCCUGGGCUGCUAAGGCAGCCAGCUGGUGAGAUCAUGCACUUCUGUUCUCUCCUCCCUCUGCCCAGUGCGUUUGCACCGCAGCAGCACUGCCCUUGAGUACAGUUCUUUCCCCAGGCCAAAGAUGGUUUUGUGAAGAAGCUGCUCCCCUACAAGUCUCAUGGUGUGAAAGGGCUCAGCUCAGCUCGGAGAGUGGAGACUCGCAGUCAAGUCUUAAGCAAUCCUUUUCUGUUGUGUGGAGGUUUCACUUACAAUGUGGUUUUUUUUUGUUUUGUUUUGUUUUUUGUUCUGCUGUAGUUUUGUUUCAUACUGGGUUACAUCAUGAAAUUGAUUUGCCUUGAAUGCAGCCAGACCACUGUCUCUCCUGGGUUCCAUAUGAGUGGCCAGGGCCUGUGUGGAAGCUAAGGGCUUGGAUUUCUGGGAAUAAAGGGCAGUUUUAAUAGGAUUGAGCAGAAACCCUGUCCCUCGACCCUAAAGAAUCUUCCCCAUCCCAGCAAGUGUCUUCUGCUUCCCCCCUGAGUUUUGAUCAGGGAGUGGGAGAGAGUCUGAGAGGCCCUGCUCCCCGAGAGACCUUCCCUUAUGUGUUGAGCGCUUCGUGGGAAAUCCAAGCCUUAGGUUCCCUUCUGUCUCUGGCAAUUGGAUGUUUUCUUGGUGUCUCCAUGUCCUUUUUGACUUUUCCCUGUGUCCAUUGUUAGCAUGUGCAAAAGUUCCCUGUCAUUACCCACCCCCGCCCCCCUGCCCCGUCCCGCCUCCUCAUUUCAGGGCUGUACACACAGUGAGUGUCCUGUUCUCUCUCUCUUUGUUUGGAUGUAUUGCUCUGUGUAACUCAGUGGGUCUCCCUCUUUCUGGUUUGUUUUUUUUUCUAGAUUCCUGCCGUUUGUUCAUCGUUGUGCCUAAAGCAUGUCGAUGUGGCGUCAAGUACAUCGUCCAAAUCCCUGUCUCUUCAGCUUCUCUGAUGCUUGAACUCUCACCUUUGACCUUGUGUUGACCUUUGAUGCUGACGUGUAUUUUUAUUAUGUUUGUUUCUUUCCUUGUUUUUUCUUUUUUCUUUCCUUUUUUUUUUCCCUUUUGUGCUGCCAAAAUUGGUUUUGCUAGAACGACUGCUGAAGGGGAAAUAUUUAAACUUGCAUUUGAAUAUAAAAAAAAUCUAUUUUUCUAGAACUUCAUAAGAUAACCACUUGAUUUUGUGAUUCCAAUUCUUUGUAAUUGUCUUCAGAGCAGCCCUACUAGCACAUACCGCGUGGUGUUUGUAUUUCUGUGAACACACAGCCAGUCCGUUUCUAGGCUUUGUUUCUCUGUGUGCUUAGUUUUAAAGACAACUUUGAAGUAAACAAUGAAAUAAACGAUGUCACUAAAACCUUUGAGGCUCCUGAGCACAUUUUGCUGAUAUAGUUUGUGGGGCUUGAGGAGACCGCAUGUGUUGCUCUUUUGUUUUUCUGAGUUCUCAACUGCAGAAAACACCUGAACCCCCCCCUUCCUUUCUGACUGCAGUUUGGGCCCCAGCCAGCCCUUUUUCUUUUUUUCUUUUUCUUUUGUGGUUGUUCCCUGGAGCUACCCUGCGGGGAGCCUUGGCUCCCUCUUACCCCUUCCCUCAGCCCCACAGGGCUCUCCUCCAUACUUGUUCCUAUAGUCUCCACAGCAAAAUGUGAUGCUUUUUUUUGUUUUGUUUUGUUUUGUUUUUGUAUUGUUUUUGUUUUGAAAUUUUUCCUUUCCUACUAAGAUUAUGCCCAGAAAAAACAAGUUUUGCAUGUGUCCUGCUGUUUCUUCACACCUUCGUAUAUAUCACCUUCACCUCUCUGUUUUCUAUAGUUUGUGCAAAAACUGACCGAUUUAAAAGGGUUUCAAAGAAGCUGUUUUAAAUUGUUGUGGGGUUGAUUAUUUUUUUCAAGAUUGUACUGUUUUAUUUUGAAGUGGCAACUUUCUCCUCUAUUGCCCUUAGAGUGUUUGCCUGUGCACUUAGACUGUCACCUUGCGCGGCCUCCAGGUCUCAGCAGGGCUCCCAGGAGGUAGGCUGCUCUGCUCAGGAGUGGGAAGGGGCCCCAGAGAGGCCCAAGAAGCAGAGCUAGAAUCCGAAGGUGGCUGUGGGUGGACAAGGCUUAGCACAGUAGGGCUAGCACCCAGCGGAGGGGGGUGCUCCUAACCACCGGAGGAUGCCAUCUGCGCACUAAGCGGCUAUACAUCUGCCGCACUUUUCCUCGGUGACAAGCACAAUACUACAGUCUUCACACUGUUUACAGCCCUGGGCACAAACCACCCCACACUGGCUCUUCACCACAGCUCUGUUCUUGCUUAGCUAGUGGGGUGGGGAUGAGGGUGGGGAUUUGUUUUUUAAAUUGGGUGAAGAGCCAGAUAGCUACUGUCCCUGGGUGCCAGGCCAGCUAGUUCUUUGGUUCCCUGAGGGGAACUUUCCCUCUUCUCUUGUGGCACCAUCCGCCUCAGGGUCUUGAGGACUUGAGGAAGAAUGUGAAUGGAGGGGGAGAGGCCAGAGGAGAUGAGAGGGCAGGGAUGGAUCUGUGGAGGGAAGAGGUAGCAGGGGAGGAGUUCAUAGCAGAUCCCACCCAGACCUACAGGCUGGUGGGAGAAAGAGCUGGGAAGCAGAAUUGUCCAGGGAAGGGUGGCAAGGUACAGGAGGGGCCCCGGGGGCGGGGGGGGGGGGUAGAAGCACUGUUUAGCAUCAUUCACACUGGGGUUGAGGGAGAAAGGGAUCCUGGCAGAAUUUCUGGUCUGGGACCCAGCAGGUUGCCCAGUAUUAUGCUUGGCCACUCUUACUAGGAGGAAAGGGCAGCCAAGAGGAGGCCCAGUGUAUAGUAGGCUGCUUAAUUUCCUGGAAGGGGUGACUGGAUGGAAAAGGCCAGAAGCCCCAGCCUGAGAGACUGCUGUGCACCCCACAGUCUGACUGCACAGAGCCGCCUCUGUUGGCAGGAGGCGCUGAGGCUCCCCUUCCUGUGUAUUGAGAAGCCUUGUUUGCCAAUAUAUUUUGCUUUCAAUUCCAAGAGGAGCUCUGGGAAAACCUGUGGAUAAAACCAAAUGCCAAAUGUUGGACGUUGUUUCCUUUUCCUUUUCUCUCUCUGAUUGUUUUAAUUGUUCUGUGGUGGUUUUAAUGGAUUUGAGACCCUGGAGCGGCAGCUGCCUUUCUGAUUUCCAGCUGCUUUUUGUGAAUAAUUUAAAAAGAAAAAAAAAAGAAACUUUACAUUUUGGAGACAAACCUGUGUGAGUUUUUUAUUGGUACAAACGUUGUAUUUAACACUAGGGGUUUUGUACAGUUUUUUGCCUUUUCUACUAGAAAACAAUGUAAAGUGAUUUCACAAUGUGAAGAGAAAAAAAUUGCCACUAUGACCAAACGCACAGUCUGUUCUGCAGCAACAACGGGAUUCAAUCAACUCAAAAGUCGUGAUUCAGCCGUAGAAAUGCUUUUCCUUGACCUUGUUUGAGCUUUCCUUUCUUUCCUGUUUUGAUUUGCAAAAGAAAAUGUCUUUUCUGUGUGAACUUGUGUUGUACUCUGUAGAAAAUUAUGGAUUUUACUUUAAUGGUUUAAAUAAAGGCAAGAAGAGCCCUUAUCGCUUUUCUUACCUAAUCACAGAGUUUGUGUAGUGGAUUAAAAAAGAAAAAAAUUGUUACAAGUUUGGAGCAAGGGAGUAUGUGUUUAAAAGGACUCUCCUUCCUUUUUUUGUGUGUUUUUCCUUUUGUCCCAAUGGGGAACCUAAAUCUGUUUUAAUUGCACAGACACACGGACAAAAAGUCAUUUUGUAUCUGCCAAGUGUGGUACCUUCCUUUGUUUAUUUGCUAUUAAACUGUUUGAGAAGAACUGA